AUGCGAGCGCUCCUCCGUUUCGCGGGAGUUGGGGGAUCGUUAUGGGUUCUGCUAACCAGUCUGAACCUCUGCCACGUGCUCGGCCGGUCUAACGAGGCCGUCGCCGAGCCCCGAGACGCCAGGAGCGAGUGCGCUCGGGACCCCGCCAACGAGGACUCGCUGGUCUGCGACUACGGGUUGACCGGGAAUCGGAGCCUGGCCCUGGAUCUGGAGAGGAUCGACCACGAACUGGUCACCUCCAUGAGCGUGAGCUGCGCGCCGGAGGGGGAAGCCGGGGACGGAGGGGCCUCGGUCAACCUGGAGCAAUUUCGCCGGCUGCCCCGACUGAGGAGUUUGAGGAUAAUUGGAUGUUCCGGAGUCAGGUGGCCGAGUCAAGCUCUGGCGGGCCUGCAAGACCUCAGGAACUUGUCCGUCAGGCUCUUGCCCGACGCCGGGACCGGGGCGACGAGAGGUCUGGAGCUCGAGGCUGGAACCUUUGACGCGACCCCGCAGAUGGAGAACGUCGAUCUGUCCUCGAACAACCUGUGGCUGAUACCCGAGCGCCUGUUUUGCCCGCUCGGCACCCUGGUCAGCCUCAAUUUAUCCCGGAACGUGCUGAAGGACGUUACGGAACUCGGCUUCGCGGAGCAUGCAGAAGAGGAGUCGACGAGAGGAGCGCGGACGGCCGGCCCUUUGGCGCCGCAAACGUGUUCCUCCAGCCUUCAGGUGUUGGACGCCUCCAAUAAUCGGAUAGUCGUCCUGCCGGACGGCGGGUUCGCACCUUUCAAGCGGCUCCGCGUGCUCAACCUCCUCGGAAACGCGAUUUCCGUCGUCGAUGACAGGGCCCUUCGCGGACUCCGGUCGCUGGAGGUGUUCGACGUGUCCGAUAACCGAAUAGUCGCGUUGCCGGCGAGCGCUUUCCGAGAGUGCACCAAGUCGCUCAAGGACUUGCGCUUAAGGAACAACUCCAUCGGCGUCCUCGCGCCAGGACUGCUCUCCGACCUGAACCAGCUGGUCUCUCUGGACCUGUCCAGGAAUGCCCUGACCGGCUCUUGGCUGGACUCCGCGACCUUCGCCGGCCUGAUCCGCCUGGUGCUCCUCGAUCUCUCGUACAACCGAAUAGAGAGACUGGACCCCUCUCUCUUCCAGGACCUCUACACCCUGCAGAUCCUGAACCUCCGACACAACGAGAUCGCGACGAUACCGGUAGACGCUCUCUCGCCGAUGAGCAAUUUGCACACCCUCGAGUUGGCGAGCAAUCGUCUCGUACAUCUCGACGCUUACUCGUUGAACGGGCUCUUCGCGCUGUCUCAUCUCGCUCUGGACUCGAACCUCCUCGAGACGAUUCAUCCGGACGCUUUCAGAAAUUGCUCCGGCCUCGAAGAUCUCGAUCUCUCGCGGAACAACCUGAAAACCGUGCCCGUCGCGCUCCACGACACGAGGAUGCUCAGGACCCUCGAUCUCGGGGAAAAUCGGAUAGAGAGUCUCGAGGAACCGGGAUUCAAGGGCAUGUCCAGCCUUUACGGCUUGCGGCUGAUCGGCAACGAGAUAGGGAACGUGACGCGGUACGCCCUUGCGGAAUUGCCGGCGCUGCAGAUCUUGAAUCUUGCCAAGAACAAGAUCGAGCGCGUCGAGGAGGCGGCCUUCGCCGACAAUCCGGCGCUACAGGCUAUACGUCUCGACGCCAAUCUCUUGCGCGACGUGUCCGACGUCUUUCGACGCUCGCCGGGUCUGCUUUGGUUGAACCUUUCGGAUAACGCCAUCGAGCUGUUCCGCUAUGACUUCUUCCCGGACACGCUGCAAUGGAUGGAUCUGCACGGGAACGCCAUCGAGAGCCUCGGGAACGCUCAGCCCCGCUCCCGACUCAGAACUUUGGACGUGUCGUUUAACAAGAUCACCAAGAUACAUUCUAAAUCUCUGCCGAACUCCAUCGAACUUUUCCUGAUCAACGAUAACGCCGUGGAGGUCGUGGAGCCGCACACUUUCUUUGGGAAGGAGAACCUCACCAGGGUGGACCUCUAUACCAAUCGCAUAUCCAAGAUGGACCUCUCCGCCCUUCUGCUCGCCCAGGUUCCCGACGAUAAAUCUCUACCGGAGUUUUACAUCGGGGGCAACCCCUUUAUUUGCGACUGUAGCAUGGAGUGGCUACAAGGAGUGAACUCGCUGCCUCUUAGACAGCAUCCGGUCGUGAUGGACCUGGGGUCCGUGUACUGCAGGCUGCCCCACGACCGUCACAUAUCCUACGUGCCGCUGCUAAAGGCCAAAUCGUCGCAGUUCCUCUGCGAUUACAAGAUUCAUUGUUUCGCCCUCUGCCACUGCUGCGAUUUCGACGCGUGCGACUGCAAGAUGACCUGCCCCACGAACUGCACCUGCUACCACGAUCAAUCGUGGUCGGCCAACGUGGUGGACUGUUCCCAUGCCAGCUACGACCGGCUGCCCAGCGGCCUGCCCAUGGACGCCACCGAAGUCUUCCUCGACGGCAACGAUUUCGGGGAGCUGACCUCGCACGCCUUCAUCGGCCGGAAGAACCUCGAAGUGCUCUUUGCCAACAACAGCAACGUCGUCGCGAUACGCAACCACACCUUCAGCGGCCUCCGUAGACUUCGGGUCCUCCACCUGGAGAACAACGCCAUGGUCGCCCUCAGCGGCGUGGAGCUCGCCCCCCUGGAGAACCUCCGCGAGCUCUACCUGCAAAACAACCUGCUCAGGUACUUGGACAACGACACGUUCGCUGCCUUGCGUUACCUCCAGGUCCUGCGCCUGGAGGGCAACCGAUUGGAGACCUUCGCCAUGUGGCGCCUCGGCGAGAACCCCCUCCUCGAGGUCGUCACCCUGUCCGAGAACCCUUGGAGCUGCGAGUGCUCCUUCAUGGAACGCGCCCGCCAGUGGAUCUCCGGGAACCUGCCGGUCGUUCUUGACUGGCACCUCUUGGUCUGCACCACGGGGAUCCCCGUCGUCCUCCCGGAGAACGCAACCUCCUCCCAGCCGACGUGCACCGCCCUCGCGGGGGUGACUUCCAUCGUGGAGAUCCGCUCCCUCGAGGCCCACCUGCCGAUCAUCCUGACGGGACUCUUCGUCCUGGUGGCCACCAUCGGCCUGCUCUGCGGCCUGGUCAGACAUCGUCGGCUGCUUCGCGACUGGAUCUCCGGGCGAUGCGCCCUGAGGAGCGCCCGGUACAAGACCGCCGCCGCCUUCGAGGACCGCGAGAAACCCUUCGACGCCUACAUCUCGUACUCCGCCAUCGACGAGACCUUCGUCUCCAGGGUCCUGGUGCCCGGCCUCGAGAACUCUUACAGACUGUGCCUACACUAUCGCGACCUCGGGGUGCGCGUCAACGUCGCGGACGCCGUGGCCGAGGCCGCGGACUCCUCGCGGCGCACCAUCCUCGUCCUCUCGAGGAACUUCCUCCACGGGGAGUGGGCCAGGUGCGAAUUCAAGAUGGCCCUCCGGGGCGCCCUCAGGGAGAAGGGCAGGUCCGCUAUUCUCCUCCUGGUCGGCGGGGUCUGCCCGCGGGACCUCGACGCUGAUCUCAGGAAGAAGAUCUCCUCCCACACUGUCCUCGUCUGGGGGGACAAGCUGUUCUGGCAGAAGCUGCGGUUCGCCAUGCCCGACGUCCUGCCCAUCCCGGUCCUGGAGAGGCCGCUUCCACUGCCACCGCCACCACCCCCGCCGACGCUGACGCCCCCGCGAAUCGAGCACUAGUAUCCGAGGGGGAGCGUUCUUUAGGAUAUUUGUUUCGUUCAUCUGGAAGUUCGUUCUGACGUUUACUGCAUGGAGUUAUUGGAAUCGAUCUCUUAUGAAUCUAUGGAUGGAAAGCCGUUCUCGUUUCAGCUGUGAAGCAGCUAUCGUGCCGACAGAAGCGUGAAGUUUAUAGACAAACAUCCAACAUCCAACAUCCAGCCAAAGGGUCGGGGUGUUCGGAAGGUUCGCCGGCGAGUCGAGGGGCGACGCACGAGGGGGCGACGACGCUCCGGGGAUAAGGGAAGACUUCAUUGGUUAUUUCGAAGGAAUCGCUUUUAUAACCUGUAAGGGGCUUUAGGUUUUCUAUAAAUACAGUAUAUUAUAUAUAUUUUUCUUCUAUAGAGUAAAAGUAUUUUCGUGCGACGCGCAAUACCAAAAUUUAUUCCGUGGUUCCCUAUGAGCUAGAGUAGUCUCGUCGGAUAAACAAAUUUCAUAUUUUAUAAAAAGGAAUACGGAAACAGCGUCCCCGCAGGGGUUAA